CGCGGCUGUCUGUAUGUUGUUGUGGGACGUUUGCUUCGUUCGUGCGUGCAGGUAUAAACAAAGUUAGCCUUGAGAUUCCGUGCAGGAGGCGUUGACGGUGGAAUUGGAAGGGGGACCCCGGGUGAAGGCGGUGGGGUGACCUAGACCCAGUCAGACCGGCCGAGCGACGCGACGCUGCCACUGAAUUAAAGGGGAAGUGAGAGAAGAGCGACGCAGCAGAAGUGGAACGAACGAACGAUAGACUUUCCUCCUCGUGGUUCUGCUCUUUGCACUCAGAUCCUUCCUUUUCCUCUUACUCUUCUUUCUCUCUUUUAGGGAGCAACAGCAUCGUGUUGGAGUGGAACCGUACGUUUUCGAGGUCGAGUCGUCUUCAUAUGACAAUUGAAUUGAAUUUCAUGCGCGAUUUUCGUUCUCUUGGUGGGGAUGCAAGAGAGAGGAUUCCAUUUGAGUGGUGUAGUGACGGCGUGCAGGAUGUCGCCUCCGCCGACGCUCCCCUGUGGCGCGCCAGAGCCCCAUCAGAAGUUCAAAGUAUCCGUCAGCUUCGACAGGUGCAAGAUAACAUCGGUGACCUGCAGCUGCGAAACGAAGGAUAUCUUCUGGUGCCAGCACGUUGUCGCCUUAUCGCUGUACAGGAUACGAAAUGCAGAGAGUGUACGACUGCGUGUUCCCAUUUCAGAAACCCUUCUGCAAAUGGAUAGACAACAAUUACAAAAAUUCGUUCAGUACCUUAUUUCCGAACAUCACACGGAAGUAUUACCAACGGCACAAAAAUUAGCGGACGAAAUCCUACAACAACGAUCGGAAAUCAAUCAGAUACCGGGUGCCCCAGAUCCAACCGCCGGAGCAUCCGCAGACGACGAUCACUCGUGGCAUCUCGACGAAGAACAAGUCUGCGAACAAGUCAAGUCGUAUUUAUCGCAAGGAUCGUAUUAUAACGCCAAUAAGCAAUUAAAUUCGUUAUUUUCUAAAGUUAGGGAAAUGUUGAGGGCGCAAGAUUCGAACGGUGCUAGAAUGUUAACGCUUAUUACCGAACAAUUUCUUUCCGAUCCUAGAUUACAAAUGUGGAAAAAUCAGGGCACUCCCAUGACAGAUAAAUGUCGUCAAUUAUGGGAUCAGUUAGGUUCUCUUUGGGUGUGUAUAGUUUUAAAUCCAAAUUGUACCCAACAUGAAAAACAACAAUGGAAAAUGUUAUUGGAGAAAUGGACUAAAAUCGAUGUGUGUCCACCUGAAGAUCCUGAUUUUAGGUUACAACAAGCUAACCAUCCAUCUAGAUACUCUUAUGGUAGGGAUAGAGAUCGUGAUAGAUACCACAAUGAAAGGGAACGGUAUGCGGAUCGGGAUAGGGAAAGAAGAGAAAGAAGGGAGAGGGAUAGAGACAGAGGAAGGCCUGUAUAUGACUCUUCCAGCAGCUCCGACGAUGACGACAACGAUUCCAGUUCGUAUAGCCAUCGGAAUAGCAAACGUCUUCGAUUAUCAGGGAAUAAUUCUAAGUCACAUACUUCUGUAUUACCUAGAACAGUAUUUCAUAGAGCUUUAGAUGCUGUUGGAAUGUCUUGGGAUAACAUGCAUCUAAAAAACAUUUUAUCCAGUGAUACUUAUUGUUCUCACGUUCCUGACAAUUCCAGGUCCGGUAGCUUUAAUUCACAAGGUCAACCAUUAUGGCAUGAAUCAAUACCAUUAUGUGCAGCUCGUGUUGAUUCUUUAAGAUCUCACGGUCACAUGGAAGCAGCCUUACGCUUAGCAGUUUCAGUAGUAAGAACGAUGAAACAACAACAAUUAGCCGCUCAACGACAAUGGCACGAAUCGCAACAAGUAGCGAGUACAAGUAACAAACCACCACCUCCACCGUGCAAACCGUGUACAUCAAGGUGUAGCGGUCAAUGUACGGCUGUUUGUUCAACGACAAACGUAAAUGCUCCGACGAAUACGGAUGGUUGGGUUGGACAUCCCCUCGAUCCAAUCGGGUGUCUUUUCGACACUUUAGCCGAUGCAUCAAUCGUACCGGAGGAUCAAAGGCCUCGAACGCCCAGUUAUUUAGGCGCUAUUUCAGAUUUAGUCAACAUGGAUGAUCAACAUGGAAACAUCAGACCAAGGUAUCAUCAUGUACCAGUUAUUGGAUCGAGGGAUCGAGCUGAAACGUAUCUUACCUUAGCUUUUGAAGUUGCAUUAAUUGGAUUAGGUCAACAGAGGAUGAUGCCUAUUGGAUUAUAUGCACAAGAGAAAUCGUGUAAACAAGAAGAUCGUUUAAUAGCAAAACUCCAAGAAAUAGAAUUAGAUAACAGUUUAGUAGCUGUACUUCGAAGACAAGCAAUUAUUCUAUUAGAAGGUGGUCCAACAAGCGGAUUAGGCAUAGGGAUUCAUCCCGAAAGCGUUCCAAUGCACACCUUCGCUCGGUUUUUGUUCCUUUCUUUAUUAAACUAUUAUCCAGACCUCGCAUAUGAAGUAGGAUUACGCGCAAUGCGUUUACCAUUAUUAGAAGAUAGAGAAGACUCUGAUGAUCCAAUGGGUGCAAACUCGUCAAGUCCGUUAUUGAUUCCUCGAUCUUCGCCGAGAUGGUUCACCUUAGGACACAUCGAAACCCAACAGUGUACGCUAAGCUCGACGAUGUUGAGUGCUGCGAAAGGCGAAGUGAUGCGAUUAAGGACGGUACUCGAAUCAUCACAAAAACACAUCCAUAGUUCGUCGCAUUUGUUCAAAUUGGCGCAAGAUGCAUUUCGAUUCGCAACACCUGAAAAUGGACCUAGACAUCCAACGCUUUUAAGUGUUGCCUUCGAACUUGGUUUGCAAGUGAUGCGAAUGACACUUGCCUCUUUAAACUGGAGGCGACGGGAAAUGGUUCGGUGGCUUGUUACCUGCGCAACGGAAGUCGGAGUUGACUCGCUUAUUUUAAUCAUGCAAAAUUGGUUCCAAUUUUUUACACCAACGGAAGCCACGGGUCCUGUUGCAACCACUAUUAUGUCGCAUAGUACUAUUAUGCGAUUAAACUUAACGUUUUCACAACAAGAAGAACUAUCUGCUUGUGCGAGGACUUUAGCAUUACAAUGUGCUACAAAGGACCCUCCAAAUUGUGCCUUGAACGCGUUAACCCUUUGUGAAAAUGAACCUUUAGCCUUUGAAACUGCUUACCAGGUCGUUGUGGAAGCCGCAUCGCAUAUUAUGACUUCUUCACAGUUAUUUACAAUCGCACGGUAUAUGGAACAUCGUGGAUAUCCUCCAAGAGCUUAUAAGCUAGCCAUGUUAGCAAUGAAAAAUGUUCAUUUGGCAUAUAAUCAGGAUACACAUCCGGCAAUAAACGACAUUCAUUGGGCGUGCGCAUUAAGUCAUUCAUUAGGUAAAACCGAAUUAGCGAAUAUGAUACCGCUCCUGGUAAAAAACGUACAGUGCGCAACAGUUUUAUCGGAUAUCUUGGGUAGAUGUAAUAUGACAGCACCAGGAAUGUCUUGUCCACAUCCUCCACCCCUUGAUACAGGUGUUAAACAUCAUGCACAUCCUCAUCGAAGUCGAGGUUGCACCCCAAGCUUAAAAGCCCUAUCUUAUGACCGAGCACCGUUACGACAACUAUUAGAGGCUGCUAUUGCGGCUUAUAUUAAUACAACACAUUCGCGACUUACCCAUAUCUCACCAAGACACUAUGGAGAUUUCAUAGAUUUCUUAACGAAAGCUCGAGAUACGUUUAUUUUAGCCCAAGACGGUCACACACAGUUCACGCAAUUAAUAGAAAACAUGAAAGUCGCUUAUAAAGGAAAGAAGAAGUUGAUGUUUUUGGUGAGAGAACGGUUCGGCUGAUAUUUUUUUAAAAAAUACUAUUUUUAGGUGUUUUUUUACUUGUACAGAAAAAUAAUGACGAUGAUUUUGUAAUUUAUGUAUCUAAUUGUAAUUUAUUUAUUUGAUUCUUUAUUAGGAUAUUUUUUAUCUUAUUAUUUUUCUACGGAUUAUUGUUCUUUUUAUUGGAGAUAUGAUCAAAAAAAAUUUAUAAAAAAAAACGCUCCACUUAAGCUUUAAACAAUUUUUUUCUUUAUUAAUUAUACUUACUAAAAGUGUACAUAAUCAAAUAGAUUUAAAACGAAAAAUAAUUAAAAAAGUAUAGCGGUAUUUUUUUCUCUUAUAAUAACGGACAAUAUAAUGAGAUUUUUCCAGGUUAUUUUAAUUAUUUAAUAAUUUAGGCUUUUUUUUUAUUUUAAACCAUUGUUUUUCGUUCUUUUUAAUGUAGACUGAAAGUAUUUAAACGGGUUAUUUGAAAAUUAUACACAAUUAACUGUAUAAAAAGAUUUUUAUGAGGUAUAUACAGGGUGAUUUGCGUUAAAUUUUUUGCAUUCAAGUAAAUCAUCCUAUAUAAUUAACAUCUAUAUGAUAUUUUGAAGUUUUAUUGGGUCGUUUUUGAAACACCGUUUUUUUAUAAUUUUUUGAGUGCAAUACUAAAAU